UUUGCUUGUCUAAAGCAUAAUCCUGUUUAACUAAGUGCCUCUUUAACACUUUUCCUCACCCCACCAAACCUCCCUUUCUCUUCCUUGGACACGAGUUUCCAAAGCAUUGGUGGUGGGAUUGAAGACUUGACGUACGUACACAUGGGAAGGCACUCUUGUUGCUACAAGCAGAAGCUAAGGAAAGGCCUCUGGUCUCCAGAGGAAGAUGAAAAGCUUUUGAACUACAUCACCAAGCAUGGUCAUGGAUGUUGGAGCUCAGUCCCCAAACUCGCUGGUUUGCAGAGGUGUGGGAAGAGCUGCAGGUUGAGGUGGAUAAAUUACCUUAGGCCUGAUUUGAAAAGAGGGGCAUUCUCGCAGCAAGAAGAGAAUAUGAUCAUUGAACUACAUGCAGUCCUUGGAAACAGGUGGUCGCAGAUUGCAGCACAGUUACCGGGAAGAACUGACAAUGAGAUUAAGAAUCUAUGGAAUUCCUGCCUCAAGAAGAAGCUGAGGCAAAGAGGCAUUGACCCAAACACCCACAAACCACUCUCUGAGGUUGAGAGUGACAAGGACAAGCCACCCACAACCGACAAAAGCAAUCACAAAGCUUCAGUGGGAUCCAAUGAAGUCAGUUUGGUUGAUCACCAACCAAAACCCAUCCCAACUUCCAUGCCUGCAGAUAGAUAUCCUCUGGAAGUUUCCACUGGCUCCAAGAUCAACAACAGCAACAACAGUAGCAGCAGCAAUUUAACCUGCAGCACCCCACCCACCCAAGAACUGUUCCUAGAUAGGUUCCAUGACAGUUCCAUCACCACCAGUUGCAGACCUUCUGAUAUGGUAGGAUCAUAUUUCUCCUUCCAACAGUUAAACUAUGGAACAAACAUUGGCCUCUCUGCAAACUCCAACACCUCUCUUUGCUUCAUUCCAUCCUCCACCUCUUCCUCCCAGGUGAUGUCAGACCUUAACUCUACCAUAACCUCCACCAUGCUCCAUUCAAUUUUCCCAACUCCAACACACAUAAAACCCACUGUUACUCUCCAUUCUAAUAACAACAACAACCCUUCUAUAUCCUCUGGAGACAUUGAUGGGGUUCACAACUGGGAAACAAGUAACAGCACAAACAAAAACAAUGGUAGCAGUUGCAAUACUCAGUUAGAAAGCAGCACAAACUUCAUUGACAACAGCACUCUAACAUGGGGGGUGACAGAGUCUAUGAAGGUUAACAAAGACGUUCAAAUGCCUCUACACGCAGAACAAGAAGAAAUGAAAUGGUCUGAAUAUCUUAACACCCCGUAUAUUCUGGGAAACACAGUGCAGAACCAAACCUCUCAAUCUAUCUACAGUGAGGUUAAACCAGAAGCAGGAUUCGUAACAGAUGAGUCAUGUACUAGUUGGCACCAUAGCCAACAGCACCCACCAGCUUUUCAACUUUCAGAUAUAUAUACCAAGGAUCUGCCGAGAUUUUCAGUGACUUUUGGACAAACCCUGUAGCCUGUACGUAAUAUGUGGAAACUUCAAUUCAAAGAAAGAGACAAAGAUGCAGACUUUUCAAUAUGAACUAGGUCAGAAUUUUCUCUUGUGAGUUCUGACCACAGGUGUGUGUGCUGUAAAAAACUUUCUUUCCAUAUUGUAUAUGUGUCUGAUACCCAAAAAAGAAAAGAAAAAAAAUCACCAGGAUUAUGUUACAGUAUAAUAUUUGUGAUGAUUGAUU